AUGGCCAAAGCAAAAGGACGCGCAAAGGAUUUCCAAGACCCGGACGAGGAAUUGGCCAAAGAUUACGAUCCUGAAGCCAAUGGAAACAGCGACAAUGACAACGGAAGUGGCUUGAGCGAAGAUGAGCGCGCUGGCACUGAGCACUACGUGACAGUCGGCCGUGGUAAGCUUCGAGAGAAGGAAGGAAUUUCUCUAGGCCGUCAAUACCGAGGAUCCCGAGUUUCGCGCCAGGCUUUAGAAGAGGAGGACGAUGACGAAGAUGAGGAGGAAGACGACGACGAUGAUGAUGAUGAUGAAGAGGCCGAAUUUGAUGAUCCGGAGGCGGCCGACUUAGUUGCUGAUACCGCAGAAGCCAGCGACUCCGAAAUCAGUAGCGACAAUGCUCUGGCGGAAUCUGAUGAUGAACGAUUGAACGCAUUCGUAUUCCGGGGCAGCUCAAAGCCUAAGCAGCCCAAGAGCAAGCGAGCCUCUGCGGCGGACUUUAUGUCUGCUUCUGAAGAAGAAGAUGAUGAGGACGAGGAUGAAGACAUGGAUGAUGGCCUUGAUGCCUUGUUGAAUGGCAAUGGAACUUCCGAUGAAGACGACGAGGAGGAGGAGGAGGAUGAAGAAGAGGAAGAGGAUGAUGAUGAUGAAAAUGAGGAUGAGGAAGACGAUGAAGAAGAUGAAGAUGAAGAUGAGGACGAGGACGAGGAUGAAGAAGAAGAAGAAUUAGCCAAGCGAAGCGCCAAACCUUCUCCGGCAACUCCUUCAUCAAACCAGACCGAAGUCCAGAAAGGAAUGGCUAUUCAGCAGCAGAGGAAAAUCUACGACGGGCUACUCAACAUGCGUAUCCGACUCCAAAAGGCAAUCGUCGCGGCGAAUACGUUCCCCACCCUAGAUUCUGAUUCGAGCUCAGAGACGGAGGCUUACGAAGCUGCUGAGGAAGCUGCUAUCAAAUUGCUAAACACUAUCAGCGACCUUCGAGAAAACUUGGCCCCUCCCACAGCCACUGGCAGCAAACGCAAGCGAAUUGAGAUUGAUCUCUCUAACGAGCAAAUCUGGAAGCGGAUUCAGGAGGACGAUCAGAGAGCCACCAGAUUCCGAGAGGACAGACUGGAUAAAUGGUCUCGCAAGCCCAAGACUCUCAUCAGUGCCCUGCAAGACCAACUCGCCAAUCCCGAUGAGCGGCUUGUCAAACGCACUCGAGUCCCUCGAUCUUGUGCACCAGUUCAGGCCUCCAAGAAGAUCACCGAGAGCGAGGACAUUUAUGACGAUGCCGACUUUUACCAGCUGCUUCUGAAGGAACUUGUGGAUCAACGCACAGUAGAGUCCGCUGCAGAGCAGUCCAGCGCGGUGGCCUCGGUGAUGCUUACCGCCAACAAAGAGGCCAAGUCCCGAAAAGUGGUGGACCGAAAGGCCAGCAAAGGACGAAAGAUGCGAUUCACAGUGCACGAGAAGCUACAGAACUUUAUGGCGUCUGAAGACAGGAGAACUUGGGAACAGGAGGCCAUUGAUCGCUUCUUUGGAACUCUGUUUGGCCAGAAGAUGGAGCUUAAUGAGGAGGAGAGCGAGGACGAGGAGAUGGAGGCUCUGUAUAAAGAGGACACCGGAUUACGGCUGUUCAAAUAA